CUAAAUCGCAGGACUACAAGUCCCUCAAUGCCACUUGCUCCGGAGGCACUUCCUUUUCCGGUUGUGCUGGGCGCCUGCUCCUGCCGACGUGUUCUUCCGGUGGCGGAGCGGCGGAUUAGCCUGCGCGGGGCAAAAUGGAGCUCGAGGCUAUGAGCAGAUAUACCAGCCCAGUGAACCCAGCUGUCUUCCCCCAUCUGACUGUGGUGCUUUUGGCCAUCGGCAUGUUCUUCACCGCCUGGUUCUUCGUUUACGAGGUCACCUCUACCAAGUACACUCGUGAUAUCUAUAAAGAGCUCCUCAUCUCCUUGGUGGCCUCACUCUUCAUGGGCUUUGGAGUCCUCUUCCUUCUGCUCUGGGUCGGCAUCUAUGUGUGAUCACCCAAGGGUAACAACCAGAUGGCUUCACUGAACACCUGCUUUUGUAAAUUACUUUUUUUUUUUUUACUGUUGCUGGAAGUGUCCCACCUGCUGCUCAUAAUAAAUGCAGAUGUAUGGCA